AUUUUAUUUAUCUUUUCUUUCCAUUCUUUCUACUGUAUACUGCCCAUUUAUGAAAUUGUUAAUAUUGAUUUAAUAAAUAAAUAAUGCCAUUACCUUCAAGUAUAACCUCAAAUACUGAUACCUCACCUCAUCAUUACAACAAGUUUUGGACUAAAUCUGUCAUGACUGAUUCUACAACUGAAGAUGAAUCAUCAACUAAUAUUAUAACUGUUGCAGGUAAAAUAUAGAUAUACACAUAUAUACUGCUACAAGUAACUCAUAUAUACAUAAAAAAACCAAAAUAAAAAAAGAUGAUAAAUUAGCAUCAAGAUAUAAUUAUACCAUCGAAGACUUAUCUAUGAAUAAAACAAACAAAAACAAAAAAGACACAUCCUUUCCUAAAAAUAACCAAGUUAAUGUGUUUAAUUCCUUUGAACAACCUAAUUCAACAAAACGUUAUCAAACAAAGAUGCUUCUGGCAUCACUUAUCGAACACUUUUGUCGUACUUAUGGUGAUACGCCUGAUGCAAAUAGAAAAGUCUUUUUCUUAAUUUGUCAAACUUUGCGUUCAUUGGGCAUUAUUGAUGCAGAAUUUAUGGAUGAAAUGGCAACUGUCCGUUCUGCAUUUCAAAAUGCUUUUCAUAAAUUAUUUUAUACAGCUGUUCAGACAGUUCGUAAUCAAGACUUGGUUCGAUUUGAUGACAAUUUAUCUGUCAUGUUGAUUAAGUCUACUCCUGAAGACACUGUUUCUUCUGUUGUAAAACAUAAUAUGGCUGAUGAAAAUCCAGAGUCUUCAAACUCGUCGUCAUCGUCGUCGUCCUCUUCAUCCUCUGACUUUCUCAGUAUUAAACAACAAAAAGCCAUUGAUUAUUUUAAUUCUUGUUAUACUACUACACAGCAUCCAAACGUAGUCAUGACACCUUCUUCUUCAUUUAAUAAUAAUAAUAAUAAUAAUAAUAUCAGUAAAUUAAGUUCCUCAUCUAACACAAAUAACUCAAGUAGUUUUCAUUCUUUUGUAACUGGAGAUGACUUCUUCCAUAACCUAAAUGUUCAAAACUCUCGUUAUAAUAAUGACUUUAUUGAGCUUGGCUUACUCGGUAAAGGAGGCUUUGCAAGUGCCUUUCGUGCUCGUAAUAGACUCGAUGGCAUUGAUUAUGCAAUUAAAAAGAUUCGUCUAGGGAACGAUAUUGAAGAAACAAAGAAUAAUGAUGAGAAUCCUUAUGAAAAGAUCUUUAGAGAAAUAAAGAAUCUUGCUCGACUGGAGCAUCAUAAUGUGAUUCGUUAUUAUUCAUCUUGGUUAGAAUAUGAUGAAUAUCGUGCAGAGGAUGCUUUAACAUCUGAUUGGGAAGAAGAGAGUCGUUCAUCUAGUUCUUACAACAAGGAUAGACCUACAACCAUGAAUGAAGAAGACAGUAAUAGUGUUUUCGGAGGAAGGGACCCUACCUUUUUUAGUGAAUAUUCUCUAUCUUCUCUUGGUUAUGGUGGUGGUGGUGGAGGUUCGGUAAGCGGUAUGUCUCAUAUUCAAUUUGGUGAAUCUACUACAAAUAGUUAUGAUAGCAAUCAUGCUGCUAUUACAACAACCACUUCCACCUCCACUACUAUGAGUGAAUCAUGGCCAACUUCUAAUCAACAAUGCAAAUCAAUAUCAUCUUCAUCUAAUCAACAUAACAUGGGGACUACUAAUCAAGUUAAAAGUGGUUGGACUUUAUUUAUUCAAAUGCAACUAUGUCCAACUACUUUGCACGAUUAUAUUCGAUUUCGUAAUAAGCGAUAUUCUGAGGAAGGAUCCUUUAGUGUGAUAGAUACAAGACGUAAUAUUGAAAUAUUUGCACAAAUCUUAGAAGGAACAGCCUAUAUUCAUGAUCAAGGAUUAAUUCAUCGUGAUUUAAAACCGAGUAAUAUCUUUUUAAGUAUGCCAAAUGGUUCAACUUAUGUGAAUGAUAUUGAUGGGAAACGAAGAAGACGAAGAUCCAGCAAUACAAACCAUUUACUUACCGAUUCUAUUUCCUCUUCUAUGGAUAAUUCAUUAAAUAGUUAUGAUAGUAAUCAUCUAUGGGAUGAAGCUUGGGUGCCCAAAAUUGGUGAUUUUGGUUUAGCCGCAGAGGUGAUGGACGAUGAAAAAACUGGCAGUACUGUUCUUAUUCCUACGCCCAUCUCAUCUACACCACCUAGUCCUAAACUAGGCCCUCAGACCCAUUCUCAAUCUAAUUCAGUUCGUCGAUAUAGAGAUCGACCUCAUCGUCCAAGACCAAGACGUACUCGAACUAUUGGUGUUGGUACUCGUACAUAUGCAUCACCUGAACAAUUAGCUGUUCCUGCACAAGCCUAUGAUGAAAAAGUGGAUAUUUAUUCGCUUGGUAUUAUUUUGUUCGAAUUAUUUCAACCCUUUUCAACUGGGAUGGAAAGGGCAGAUUCAAUUGAAAAAUUAAAACAAGGUAUAUUUCCAGACGGGUUUUUGAAAAUGUAUCCUAAAGUGACGGCUUUAAUUAUUUGGAUGAUGGAUCAUAAGCCUGAUCAUCGACCUUCAGCACAUCAAUUAUUAGGAUUUGAAUUAUUUUCACAUCCGAGUGUUCAAGAUGAGGGCGACUUAUGUUUAACAUUACAGACUCAACUUCAGUCAAAGGUGAAUCAACUUGAACGUAAGAAUAAAGAAAUUGAGGAACUUAAGGAAAAAUUAGAAAAAAUGGAGAAUGAGAAACGACGAGCGUUAGUAGAGAUGCAGCAAAGGUUAGAUGAGAUGCAACAAAGACUUGAUUCGUUACUUUGUAAAGAAGAAGAAAAGACGAAAAGAGCGAGUGGUUUGCAUUCAUCAGCUUCAUUUCUGAAAAAGAAAAAAGAAGUAACAUGGUCAAGUCUAGAUUCAAUAGCAAAAGAAUGAUUUCCUGAAAAAGAAAAAAGAAAGAUAUACCGUAUAUCAUUCAAUUUUAUUUUUUUAUUUUAUUUUAUUUUUUUAUUUUUUUU